AUGAAUUAUUUGAAUUUAAAUAAAAAUGAAUUGGAAAAGGAAGGAAAUUUACUGAAUAAAAUACAAUUUGGAAUUUGGAAGAAUUUAAAAGAAGAAAAUAAAAAUAAAUUAAUUAAAAAUUGGAAGGAUAUAGAAAAUGGAAAAUAUUUGGGGAAUAAACAAGAAAUGGAAGAAUUUGAAGAAUUUUUGAAUGAAGAAAUGGAAAAAGUUUUGGAAAAAGAAAUUAAUUGGGAAGAAGAAAAUUUGGAAAAUAAUGAGAAAGAAGAAAGGAAGGAAUUGUAUAAAAUUGUGAUUAAAGGUAUAUAAUUUAGAUUUAGGUAGUCGGAUAUUAAAUACACCUUUGG